CCGAGGUAGAGAGAGAGAGAGAGAGAGAUGACGAAGAAUCAAGGAGUAACCGAUAGAACGAGAAGCAAAAAAAUCUCUGGAAAUCGUACAGAGAACAAAAAGAACCCCAACACUGCUUCCAAAGGGGCGGCGAGGUUCAACGACGACGAGAUUGAGACCGUUGUGGUACCAUCUUCAAGCACCGAAUCGGAAAACGACGACGUAAGCGAUGCAGAAGAAGUCGGAGGGGUUGAGCUCGGCUCUGAAGAAAAGGUGAGCGAUACGGAAGGGGAGGAAGAAGAAGAAGACGAGGAGGAGGAGGCAGAAAACGGAGGAAUUCAGUCCGUUAGUGAUGAAAUUGUAGAUGAUACGGAAGAGGAAGAGGACGAGGUGGAGGUUAAGAGCAAUGCCAAUGGCGAUCGGCGGCGAAAAGGAGAGAAAUUAGAGGAAAAGCGUGGUAGUAAGAACAAAAGGGAGGAAGAAAAGGAGAGUGAGCGGGUAGUGAAAAAGGCGAAGAGCAAUGCCGGUACAUCUCAACGAACUAAGCAGGCGAAGGAGAAAAAUAGCAAAGAUGUGGCUAAGGAGAAUGGAGGUGUAGCUGCUAAGCAGGCGAAGGUCACUAAGAACGAAGAGAAAAAGAGUAAGCAGAAGAAGAAUGGGGAAAAGGAGAAAGAAAAGAAGAGUGAAGGGAAGAAAGAGCAGGUGUUGAAAAACGCAAAGACCAGUGGCAAGACAGCUCGCAGUGGUAACAAUGGAGCAAAGGAUAACAAGCAGAAGGGGAAUCAGAAAAGCCGAGUGGAGGAGAGUAAAGGAAAGACAAAAAAUACUACAAAAAAGGAAAAACCCAAUGGGAAUUCAACCCAUGGAAGCAACAAAAAAAUAGAUGAGGAGAAGACUCAGAAGAGGAAGAACAGACAGGAAGAGGAUGAGGAGGUUAGAGGGAAAGUAGCUAAAAAGGUGAAGGUUAGUGGUGAUAAGCAUCAAUCAAGCAAGGACAAGAAAGAGGACAGUAAGAUCAAGAAGAAAGGAAAAUUGGUGGAAGCAGAUGAAGAUGCUAGAGAAAAGGUUGUAGCAAAGAAGCUCAAGAGUAAUGGACAGAGUAGUCAGCUAAGCAAGGAUAAAAUGGAUGAUAAAAUGAGCAAGCAAGCAAAGAAAGUUGAAACAGGGAAACAGGAUAGAAGUCAUGAAAAGAAAGUAGAAAAUGGGGCAAAGAGAGGUGGUGAUGCUAAUAGGAAAAACAAUAACACAGUGUCAGAGAAAAGGAAAAUGAUAGAGGAAGAGGUUGAUGAUGAUGAUGAUAAGUGUGAGAGUGUAUUGUAUACAUUUCCAAUGAGUCGAAUUAGUAGGAUGAUAAAGAGUGAAAAUUCUAAAAUUAAAAUGUCUCAAGAAGCAACUUUUGUCAUCAACAAAGCCACGGAAAAGUUUCUUGAGCUAUUCUGCAAGGAGGCUUAUGCUUGUGCUUUUCUGGAUCGUAAAUCUCAUGUUGGAUAUAACCAUCUCUCAUCUGUUGUUUCCAAAAGGCAGAGAUUCGACUUUCUCUCAGAUUAUGUCCCUGAAAAGAUAAAAGCCGAGGUGGCGUUAGCAGAUGCAGAAAAAGUUGGUUAGAUACAAGCGGCAUCGAAUUUUCAUUUUGUUGGUAAGAUGCCAGUACUGCUCUUCCAGUAUUCCCCAAGCAAAAUCCAGGUUUAUGUAUAUUGCUCUCCAGUUUAUAUGUUGUAGAAAUAUAUAGUCAGUAGGGAGGGUUCCUGCAUGGAUUUACUUUCUUGCCCUUUGUCAUACUCGAUCUCAUCUUGGAUUCUAAGAUUUGUAUGUUUAAUUCAGCAAUUGUAUCUAACUUUGAUGCCAGCUCAUACUCUGCAUCUUAAGAAAUCAAUAGAUGGUAUUUAGUUCAUAUUUAA